UGUACAAUUCUGCAAUAUGAUUGGUUCUUGCCCUUGGUUCCUGUCGCAUUUAAAUGUACGAACCAAUCGCAGAUCAAAGAAUCCGGAAUAGUUGCACGGCUGCUCUUUCUGUAAGCGCAGUCACUGAAUGUCGAUAGGUUAUCAGCGAAAUAUCGGAAACAAUUAAGCUAAAAAAUGCAGCGCCUGGGUAUUCAGACUAUCCGCACUAGCAGAGCUCUUCUGGGCAGUAGGUUGUACACCACUGCACCUGCGCAGGAGCAAGUGGUAUCUGCAGCCUUCAAGAUUCAGGAUCCCAAGGAUUUUCAUGAACGCGUAAUGAAUUCCAAAGUGCCCGUUAUCGUGGAUUUCUUUGCCACAUGGUGUAACCCAUGUCGUAUGUUGACUCCAAGAAUAGAAACAGUUGUUGCUGAGAAACAAGGGAAGGUAUUAUUAGCUAAAGUUGAUAUUGAUGAGAACACAGAUCUUGCUCUUGAUUAUGAGGUUGGAUCCGUGCCUGUGCUCAUCGCUAUGAAGGAUGGAAAGGUUCUAGAAAGGAUAGUUGGUCUUCAAGAUACCGACAAACUCAGACAAUUUGUUAACAAGUAUGCGGAGUAACAUAGUUAAAAAUUAUUAUGUAAAUUACCUCUGGUUGCAGUUUUUGUUAAUCCUUGUAUAGAGAAUUUUUACACGUUUCGAUAUCUGCAACUAUGUUUAUAGUAAAUUUUUCUUAGUUAUUGAGUAAAUGUAUCCAUGUAAAUGUAUAUAACAUAUUAUGCAGAAAAGAUUUCUCUCAACAUGUAGAUUUAAUAAAAGGUGUUUAUCAAUGGAUUACCAUAA